AUGCAGGUUUGCGGGGAAGAUGCUCUCCCGCUCCCGCGCCUCCCGGGAAGGCAACCGAGCGCGGGCCUGGCCGCCCCGGGCCGCCGAGCCCGCGCCGCGCGUCUCUGCGCCACCUCCCGUCGUCCCUCCCAGUGUACCCUCCCGCCGCAGUCCAGGCCCAGGUUAAUUCCCUGCGCUUGCACGUGAGCACACACAAGUUCCCCAGACACGACCCUUCCACUCGUCUCCCUGGAGUCCAGCUUUCAGAGGAGUAACCUCCCAGCCCCCGGGGCAAGGUGGCAGGGUACAGGGAGCAGGGCGAGGAGGGAGAUAUUGCACGUUUCAAAGGCACCAAAAUCAGCCGCCAAUGCUAAAGGGUUGCUUCUUCGGUUUCUGACAAACCAGUGCAGUGGGGUGCCUGCUCGACCGACCGCUGCCCGGGCCGCCCGGGCCCUGGGCUCACUUUGCUCCUGGUGCAGAGUUCCCGACGCAGCCCUGCUCUGCUCACACCGGCUCCUUCGCCCCCUCGCUGAAGUCCGCAGCCCGGUGGAUGCUGCGCGCAGCCUCGCCUGGGAGGCUCAACGUCGGCUUAGGCUAAAGCUCCAGAGCUCGCCGGCACCUCCUGUUUAUGGGGCCGCCCCACCACCACCACCAAAAGACGAGCCCCUUCCGUAG